AUUUGAAAUGCUCGUUCGAUAGUCAUUGUCGCAGCUAAACGCGUUUUGUUAAUGUCAAAGUUUUUUCGACACGAUUAAAGUUAACCGUAACGCCUUAUAACAAUGCUAUACACAUGGAGAACUUAACUCAGACAAUGACUGUGAAUAGAAUUAGCCUAUGUGAUAUGUAAAAUAGCCUGAAAGUGCUUGUAAAUAUUCUCCCUGCUUUGAAAAUAUGCGCAACGUUAGUCUUAAUAGGUAGGAUCGAGUUAUUUGUGCUCAUUCCUGUCAACAGUCGCAUUUUCAGGAAGUGUCCAGUAAUGGUCUAGAUACACACAAGGACCAUGCUGAGCCGUUUACAGGAACUCAAGAAGGAAGAGGAGACCCUCCUGAAGAUCAAAGCCAUGUUGCAAGACCAGCUCAACAGGCUGAAGUUUGAAGAAGGUGCACUGAGGUCGAUGAUCAACGCCCAGCGAAUUGAUAGCCCUGCACAGCCUGCUGUCUCGGAGGUUCCACCACAGCUGGACAAUGAGAGCGAGAUUAACCAGACUAAGCUGCAGUUGAGCACCAUAGUGGAACAUGACAUGGAGGAGGAAGAGGAAGAAGAGGAUGAAGAGGAGGAGGAAGAAGAAGACGAAGAGAAUGAAUUUGAGAUGAUGGAAGAGGAAGAGGAGGAGGAAGAGGAGGAUUACUGAAAAAUGACUCCCAUGGGUACUGCACCAACUGACUCAAGUAAACAUGACAUCCUGCAGAAACUGUUGUCAUUUAAUUGGCAGGUCUAGACCCUGUGAGAUGUAACAGAAGUAUUUUUGCAUGUAUAUUUAUUGGUAGUUGUUGUUUUUCUUUUAGUUUUGUCAGUUUUGCGUCUGAAGUUGAUACAGCCUCUUUCAGAAAUGUAUUCACGUUACUUUACCAGAGACAUUCAUGGGGGGGGUGUAAGUUUUAACAAAGAGUAAGUCGAUGUAGUGAAUAAAGAGCUUGGUCUGGAGCUUGGAGCUGCGCUUCCGCACACGGCCACAGGGUGAAGUCUUUCACUUUAUUCAUCGAUUAUUAAGAACAUUCCGUUCCAAGCUCUAGUUCUACCUCAUUUAUUCUUGGAUGCAUCCUUCAACUUAUUGUGAAUCUACCCACAUAUGUUAAGAACAAAUUCCCUGCUACUCUGAAAACAUGCCUUAAGCUGUGAAUCUGUUUUGUACUGUGCUUGUUCUUGCUGCUUUGCUGUAAAUGAUGUGCACUGGGGAAAAGAUGUUUUAUUUGUUACAUGCCAGAAUCUCUGGGCCAAAUGUGUAUAUUUACAUGAGUAUUGUAAAGUUGUUAAAAUUGUUGAAACUGGAAUAAAAGACA